AUGCUCGAAGAUCCAGAUUACAUCCCUCCGGAAGGAGGUGACUACAGCGACCCUGGUGAAUUCGAUUCAGAGUAUGAAUCAGUCGAUUCCAUGAGCCUCUCUGGGGAGGAUGAUGAGGAUGUUACAAAGAGCGACUCGAAUGGUAAUGACGAAAAGGAAGAUACUAAAGUCGAUUCUUACUCGAAGUGGUUGGCAAUAACUUGGAAUCCGCACGCCAGAUUCCCCGAAGAGCCCGUUGGGACCUUUGGGAACUUUGGUUGUUCAAUUAAUCGUUCUCAUGACGUAUAUGGACAUUCUAUCCAGCCACAUACUUUGUCAGGUGGAUGCAGCCCGGAGCUGGAGCAUUUUCCCAGUGAGAGAGGCAGAGAGGCGAAUGCGUACUCGGGCUAUGCGAUAUCGCCCGAAGAGAUGAUAGGGUGUCGCACGGCUCAGUGUUUGGUGCACAAAAGCGCAAUACAAGGACAACAGCAGCAUAUCAAAUAUUUUGAUCCUUGGGAGGCUUCUGAAGAUUGGUUCUUGUCAGGGUUGUGUGACGGAAUGCCUUCACGUGAUUGUAGUUACCCAGAAGUCUGGCCCGCGCAAGGUGGAGUUGACGAGCCACGAGCCGAGAAUAUCAAUUUUGAUGUGGGUUAUCUUCCUGAAAGCCAGGUUCAAUAUUUUUGA